UCGCCCCUCGCCGGCGACGCCCGGCAUGCCGUCCUCCCGCCUCGUCCACCUCAUCCUCCUCGCGACGCUCUCGCUCCUCCUCGCGCAAACCCUAGCCUCCUCUGCCCCCGUGCCCGCCGCCGGGUCGGCGUCGGCGGAGUCCGGCGACCCCUGCGCGGCCACCGUAGCUGACGGGGAAGCUGACGUUCCGCUGUGCCCCGUGCGGUGCUUCCGCCCAGACCCGGUCUGCGGCGCCGACGGGGUCACGUACUGGUGCGGCUGCCCCGAGGCGACCUGCGCGGGCGCCCGCGUGGCGCGACGCGGCUACUGCGAGGUCGGCUCGGGGAUGGGGGUUGCAGAUCCCCGGCAUCACGGACGCGCGCAGCGUGGGGGAGCAGGGGCGGGGGCUGGACAGCAGCUAUUGUGCAGGGGUUUGCGGCGUGCUGCCGUGCGGUGCGGGAGGCCGUUGCUGGACGGGAGCGGGGGCAGUCUACAAAUGGCUCUUAAUAGUUGUAGAGAUUUGUUUUGGUAA